CCAAAAGCAGCAAAUGUCCAACAGCAGCUCCAUCAGCCACCUCCUCCUGCUGCCAUUCUCAGACAGGCAGGAGCUGCAGCUCUUGCACUUCUGCCUCUUCCUGGCCAUCUACCUGGCUGCCCUGCUGGCCAAUGGCCUCAUCAUCAGCACCAUAGCCUCUGACCACCACCUCCACACCCCCAUGUACUUCUUCCUCCUCAACCUCUCCCUCCUCGACCUGGGCUCCAUCUCCACCACUGUGCCCAAAUCCAUGACCAAUUCCUUUUGGCACACCAGAGCCAUCUCCUAUGCAGGAUGUGCUGCUCAGCUCUUUUUCUUUGUUUUCUUCAUUGUAGGGGAGUUUUACCUUCUCACUGUGAUGUCCUACGAUCGCUACGUUGCCAUCUGCAGACCCCUGCACUAUGAGAGCCUCCUGGGCAGCAGAGUUUGUGUCCACCUGGCAGCAGCUGCCUGGGCCUGUGGGCUUCUCAAUGCUCUGCUGCACACAGCCAAUACAUUUUCACUGCCCCUCUGCCAUGGUGAUGUUGUGGACCAGUUCUUCUGUGAAAUCCCCCAGAUCCUCAAGCUCUCCUGCUCCACAUCCUACCUCAGGGAAGUCUGGCUUCUUGUGGUCAGUGUCUGUUUAAAUCUGGGCUGUUUUGUGUUCAUUGUGGUGUCCUAUGUGCAGAUCUUCAGGGCAGUGCUGAAGAUCCCCUCUGAGCAGGGACGUCACAAAGCCUUUGCCACCUGCCUGCCUCACCUGGCUGUGGUCUCCCUGUUUAUCAGCACUGCAGCAUUUGUCUACCUGAAGCCCCCCUCCAUCUCCUCCCCACCCCUGGAUCUGGCAGUGUCCAUUCUGUACUCAGUGAUGUCUCCAGCACUGAACCCUCUCAUCUACAGCCUGAGGAACCAGGAGCUCAAGGAUGCCCUGAGAAAACUGAUACGUAGAUGUUUUCAGAAGCAAUAA